AUGUCUCGUCCCCAGGUCAGCAUCGACCGUCUCACGCCUCGCCGUGCGACGGUCGAGCCGCGUGAGACAAUGAACUGCAAGUCUUGUCGCAAGCGCAAGAUCAAGUGCAACCGCCUGCGACCGAGUUGUGAGGCAUGCAAGGUCUUCCAGUGUCCAUGUGUUUAUGGUGAAUCGAUCGACCAAAAUCGUACGAUCGCCGACUAA